AGCUCUGCUCCCGUUUCGUACAUGUCCCAAAGAGAGACAGAGACAGAGACUGCGUUUGGGUUGGUUUUAUAGAAAACAUCCAACUUUUAAUGCAUUAAACAAAGGUUGGAUUUGAACAACACCCCCAUCAACUAAUGGCAAAAUGCGGUUGCUUUUCCAAUGUUUGUCAGUCAACUCGAUCGCUGUUUAAUCCUAAAACAAGAGGCUAAAAUGAAGCAACCAAGGAAAACGCAAAGGAAAAGAAAGGGACAGUUGUAAUGGAAAAAAGGAAAAAGGAAAACGGUAAGUGGGGGGCAGUGGGAUAUAGUCUGAAGCUCCGGGGUAAAUGAACAGAAAAAGUAAACAGAGUUGGUAGUUGCAGUAAAAGCUUAAAGCGUACAAAGUUUUUCAGGUGCAGGCAGGCAUUUAGCUUCAGACUCCAACUCUUUUAGUCUGUCUCAUACAUGCUUGUAUAUAAAUUUCCUUUUCCUUUUGUUUUGUUUAUUAUUUUAGUUGCCUUUAUCUUGUGGAUUUCCGUAGAGAUGUCAGAGACAAGGGUUGGCAGGCAGAACCAGAAGCUGCAGAGCGUUGCAGUCAUAAUAUUAUGAGCAGAGAGAGAAACAGAGGACUGAGGAGUGAGCAUCCGGCAUUAUAAUCAGAACCAUUAGUUUUAAACAUUCACACAAGAUUCUGCACCCCCCAAUGGUCCCUCAAAUAAAUAUACCUAUUCCACUCCUCCCUGGCCCUUCAACAUUUCUCCUUCUUCUUCACUGAAGAAAAACUCAAGAAAUGAGCGCACGAAACAGGCUCCCAUUCACUGCAGCUCAAUGGCAAGAGCUAGAACACCAAGCCCUCAUCUUCAAGUACAUGGUCUCCGGCAUCCCUGUCCCUCCUGAUCUGCUCUACACCAUGAAGAGAUCCUCUUUGGACACUCCUUUCAUUUCCAGGCUCUUUCCCCACCAAUAUCCAGACGUUGGAUGGAACUUCGUGCAGAUGGGUUCGGGGAGGAAAAUCGACCCAGAGCCUGGAAGGUGCAGAAGAACAGACGGCAAAAAAUGGAGAUGCUCCAAAGAGGCAUAUCCAGAUUCUAAAUACUGUGAGAGACAUAUGCACAGAGGCAAAAACCGUUCAAGAAAGCCUGUGGAAGUUUUGAAACCAACAACAACAAUAACUGCUCUAACCUCUAAUCCAUCUACCCCACCCAUCUCCUCCAUCACCCACAACUCCACCGCUUCACUCAGCACCAACUCAUUUCCCUCUGAAAUCCAUACCCAUUCUUGUUUCAAUACUCCUUCUCCUCACCCUUUUCUCUAUCAACAUGGCUCCUUUUCUAGGCCCCCUGGUUCUGCCCAUUUGCAGCACAGCUCCAACCCAUCCUUACUUCUGGACCCUCCUGCAGAUUACAGAAGAAAUAGGUAUGUUUAUGGGGGGAAGGAAGAUGUUGAUAAGCAUCCAUUUCUAUCGGAAGAACAUUCUGGGAACAUGAGAGGCUUCUCCGCUUCGUCUAUGGAAGAUCCCUGGCAGCUAACUCCUCUGACAAUGAGUUGUUCUUCCUCAUCCCCCAGACACAAGAACUGCUCAGCUUUACAAGGUGACUACUCUUCUUACUUGCAGCUGCAGAGCUUUGGCGGUUCCCCUAAGCAAGUGAAGCAAGACGAGCAUUACUACGCGGUGGGAAAAUAUAAUGAGAUGCAGAGUAAGAUGGAACGAGAGAAACCGGAGAAGACUAUGCAUCACUUCUUUGGUGAAUGGUCUCCUAAAGACAGGGAGUCGUGGGUUGAUUUGGAUGAUAAGUCAUCCAAUACUGGCUCAGUUUCUGAAACUCGGCUUUCAAUGUCUAUUCUUAACUCGUCGCAGCAUGACUUCUCCUCCAUUUUCAGUUCCAAUAAGCAUAAUGAAAACUGAUGACCUUUUUUAUCUGAUUCCAUUGUGCAUUUAGUGAGAAACAAGGAAAGACUUUUGGUUUGUAUUUGGGAUCCAUGACCCACUGUUACCACAAUGCAUUACAAAUAAGUUUUGUUUGUUUGAUUUUCUUUGACGACUAAUGUCCAAAAAUGUAAAGCGAAAGAAAUGAAAGGGUAGUGUAUGCAUGGGGUUGAAGGGUAAGUGGAUUUGUUUGUAUGUUUGCUGAAGUUGAAGUUGAAGAGAACAGUGGUUAGUUCCAUAAAAA